AUGUCAAACCCUCCCAGGCCCGCCUCCCUAGGCGCCGUCACUGUAUGGCCCCUCUCCGAUCCAGCUCCGACGUCCCGUCUACUACCCUGUGAAGAAGUUCGUCCUCUUCUUCCAGUCUCAAUGGUGAAAGCUCCGCCUCAGCCGCGUUCAAGACCUCCGCCAGAUCCACCACCGUGUAAGCUGUCUGCACCGUUCGAGUCUGUCACUCCAAGCGAGCCGCCUGAUCCCCCAGACCCUCCAGAUGCAGUCGUCAUCCUCUCUUGUCUCCCCUUCGUCGAUGAACCCCUAUACACCUCUCCUCAUAUGGUCACAAAAGUUGUAGAUCUGGAGUCCACCGUCUCAGAUAUGGAGGCUGAAACUACUGGUGGUGCCUUCCUUGGUGUGUCCAAGAGGCAAGUUCUCUUCUGCGCCAUACGUUCACCGGACUCCGGCGUCUUCAACCUAUCUCUUCCGUCGCAUGAUGUAGCUGUCUCAAGCUCUCCAAGCUUUCGAAUUGUGAAAACCGGUUCUGAACCUUGCUCUGUUUUUAAAAAUCAACUUCUCAGAGUCUUCACCGGUUGGUUCCCUCCAUUGUAUCUCUCCCCUCUUCUGUACAUCGGAAGAUCCAAGCCUAGUACUUCAUUUUCUCCAAUCUUUUGGGUUCGUAUGGAAACCAACCAUUACGGACUUAGGCUUGUGCCCAGAAGAAGUGUAUGGCUCCAGCCUUACCAUGUUUGUGGCAAUUAUCUCAGCCUGACCACUACACAACACAACAAUUUCACUGAGCUCAGUUUCACAAGUUCUGUACUUCAAGGUACUUGGUCUUUCAUGGUUAGCUUGAUAAAGAAUGAUGAAAAGCGGCUAGGUUUAGUUUCCACAGAUCUUUGGACCCAACACGGUAAUGUUGGAGGAUGGAGUCCCUGUUUGAACUCAACCACCGCCUACCCAUCACAUAUCAUCAAGUUUAUUUCUCAAGGAUGUGAAGUCAAGGUCAGCCAUUUUUCAACCAAGCCAAGAACUGUGACAGAGAAUCUUGUUUUUAUGGAAUCAACAUCCUAUGCUCAUUCCAACGAGUGUUCUAGAACCAAAACUCAAGGCAAAUUUCUCUCUCACCAAGGCACCUUAGUGGAUUUUCCAUCCCCGCUCUCAAACCAAGACAGCAUACAUCGGUCAUCAUCGUCUAGCCUUAGUCGCGCGUAUGCAACUGUCUCACUGUCUUUCUUGCUGUACAAUAUGAUCUCUGGCCCAGUUGAGAUUCACCUAGUCUCCCGGAUUAUCAUCAUCAAUAUUGAAGCUGUAUUUAGCUUUUCAAGGAGCAUAGCCAAAGCCUGGAUCUUCACGGGACAGUCCGGAACAAGCAAAACUCGAGGAUCAACCACGCAUGACACUGGAUCAUGUGUAACCACCCCUGCUAUGGGCUAG